UGUUUCAUGUUCAGUAUUUCAUGCUGAAUAUAUCUAUAUAUAAUUCUGAAUACAGUGACUAACUAAUUACUGAAAUUACUGUAUUGGGAAGGGUAUCUACAAGGAAUUAUACUCGCAGAUGAGACAUCAAGCAGUCCUCUCAUCCUCCUAUGGAUAUAUCUAUAUAUAUCUAUAUAGAUAGAUAGUCCUAAAUUUAACCUUCAAAACACACCAAACAUUCCUACUGCCUCAUCCAAAAUGAAGCUCGAUUUAUGAAUUGUAUCCCUUAAGAGAAGUGCACCCCUACCUUAUCUUCAAUUAAUGUGUCGCCUUCACCACCACAGAAACUAUGGCCAUGCACGUUGAGGGUUCGAAUUAAUGGUGAAGACAUAGAGAGGAUGGGAGAAGACUAGUCAUGAAGGGAGCUGGGGAGCUUAUGUCUUCGGACGCCAACGCCAGUAGCCUUUUCGAUGGUCAGCUCGCCGGCGCUGCCCUCCGGGGAUGCCUUGACGGAGGGUGCAUCGAGAAGCUGCUACUCCACUGCGCCACGGCGCUGGAGGCCAACGACGCCACCCUGGUGCAGCAAGUGAUGUGGGUGCUCAACAACAUCGCCUCCCCCAACGGCGACCCCAACCAGCGUCUCACUGCCUGGCUCCUCCGCGCCCUCGUUGCGCGUGCCGCCCGCCUCUGCCCUACUCUGACGGCUGCCGGAGGGCCUGCGGCCUCCUGCGCUAGGCGAAUGUCCGUUACCGAUCUCGUCGGGUACUUAGACCUCACCCCGUGGCACCGCUUCGGGUUCACCGCCUCCAACGGCGCCAUACUCAAGGCGGUGCAGGGGAAGAAACAGAGCGUCGUCCACGUCCUCGACUUCGGGGUCUAUCACUGCACCCAAUGGCCGACGCUCAUCGACGCGCUCGCCAAACGGCCGGAGGGCCCGCCGCCGCUGCUGCGCGUCACCGUGCCCUCCGCUCGCCCGCCGGUGACGCCGUAUCUAAACCUCUCCACGGAGGAGAUCGGGCUCCGGCUGGCCAAUUUCGCCAAGUCAAGGAGCGUCCCCUUCGAGUUCAAUGUGGUCGAGUACUCUCAUUCCGACGGCGGCGGGUUUCCCGAACAACUCGCCUCGUGCCUCUCCGCGUUGGAACUGAGGGAGGACGAGGCGGUGGUGGUCAACUGCCAGAGCUGGAUGAGGUACCUGCCGGAGGAGGGAUCGUGCUUGACCAAGGACACCUUCUUGGAGCUGAUUCAUAGGGUCAAUCCCUGCGUGGUGACCGUCUCCGACGAGGACGCGGACUUGGACUCUCCCAGGCUGAGUUCCAGGAUCAUGGCCUGCUUCAAUUACCUCUGGAUUCCCUUCGACGCGCUGGAGACGUUCCUGCCGAAGGAGAGCGAGCAGAGGAUGGAAUACGAAGGGGACAUCGGGGAGAAGAUCGAGAGGAUAGUGAGUUUCCACGGGGCGGAAGUGGUGGAGUCCGGGGAGAGGUUCUCCGGGAGGAUGGCGAGGGCGGGGUUCGCCGGCGUCGUGUUCGAGGAGGAGGUGGUGGCGGAGGUGAAGGCGGUGCUGGAGGAGCACGCGAGUGGGUGGGGAAUGAAGAGGGAAGAGGACAUGCUGGUGCUGACGUGGAAGGGUCAUAACUCAGUCUUCACCUCCUCGUGGGCCCCCACCGGAUUUAGCCAUAGAAAUCAAAUCUCCACGUGAAGAAGAACGAGAUAUUAUUAUAGAAUUAAACAAGCACUAGAUUUUGAUUUACCA